CGGAAGUGUCGUGGAACUUGACCACAAAAAAUAAGUAUACGGAAUCAAGAUGGCGGACGAUGAAGGUGGCUUAGACUGGGAGGCUGAUGAUUUUGAUCCAGACUCGUUUGAUCCUGAUGCUGGUUUCGUCGCAAAAGGAGAAUGGGAAGGAGAAGAUGAAGGAAUCGAAAAAGAAAUUGAAAAGGCAAAGCAAGAGAAAGCAGCUCCUACUUCAACUGGUGCCAUUAAGAAACCAAAACAGGACAGAAUAGAAGAGAAGAAAGCGCAGAGGAGAGCACAGGAACUGUCAGCAGCUGCAAAAGAAGGCACACCUACUCCAGAGGAGAUCUUAGCUGAGAAACUGAGACUGCAGCAAGUACAGAAAGACGCAGACCUUGAGGUUGCUAAGCAACUGUUCGGUGUGACCGGAGGUGAUAGUAAUGUAGUAGUACCAGAGACGUCCGAAGAAUUUGAUGAAUUUUUACAAUUAUUGAAAACGAGAUUAUUAUUAUUAGCGGGGUCACCUCAUUACGUAGGAUUUAUGGACAAUCUAUUGAGAAGCUGCUGUGCUGGAUUGGAUUCAGAAGAUCUAAGAAAGUUAAGCGGUACAUUGUCUUUGAUGGCCACAGAGAAGAGCAAAGCAGUGAAAUCAACCAAGACGAAGAAAAAGGGCGGGGCUAAGGGUACCAUAGCAACGGGGAAGGCGUCAAAGAAAGCCGAUUUGAGUGCGUUUGGUGAAUACGAUGAACAUGAUGAUUAUGAUGAUGACAGCUAUGAUUUUAUGUAAAGAAAAAUAAUAAUACAUCAUUCAGAA